AUGUCGACGUGGCAAAUAUUCUCCGACGCGGGAAACAAUUUCCGAUGGGAAGUCUCCGGUCGAAUCAUCCACACCGAAUCUGAACCUAAACCAAACGGAGCCCUAAUCUCCCCUCCCAGCUCCAAAACUCGCCUCCCUUCCAUGGCUGAUCUCUUACUCCAAGGAUGCCCGAAGCUUCUAGAGAAAAGAAAUGAAGAUUACAGAAAUGCACCCAUUUUUUGUACCGGAUUAGGGAAAUCGGUUGCGUUAAAACAAUCUUCGAUUGCGAAAGCGUUAUCUUUGCUCGGCGACGAUGACGAUGGUGAAGCACGUGGUGGAGAUAAUGAAUUUGGCAUUUCAAAGCCUCUGGAGAAAGGAAAUGAAGAUAAUGGAAAUGCACCAGUUUUCCGUACGGGAUUAGGGAAAUCAGUUGUAUUGAAACAAUCUUCGAUUGCAAAAGCAUUGUCUGUUCUUGGUGAUGAUGAUGAAUAUUCCAUCAAUUCAGGGGAAGUGCAUGGUAGAAAUAAUGAAUAUGGUUUCUCUAAUUCUCUUUUCCGUACUGGAUCUGGGAAAUCGGUUGAUAUAUCUUCUGCUGGUUUGGUUAGAGCGAAGAGGAUGUUGGGAGUGGAGGAAGAAAAUGAUAGUUCCGAUUUUGGAGGAUUUCAAUGUCCAAGGAAAUCAUCCACUGUUAGUGAGCAAUUUGGUCAGAGGGAUUUAUCGCAUUCAGGGAUGAAAGUCGGUAUGAAUGUGGUAAUUGGUGAUGAUCUGCCUGUUCCUUGCUCUUCUUUAGGUUCUAUGUCUGGUAAAUUAGAAAGCAAAUUGGCAAAGGAGGUCAAUACAAACUUGUCGCGAUCUGAAAUACAAAAUUCUGCUCCCAAACCACCUCCAAUUAAAUUCCAUACUGCUGGUGGAAGAUCCUUAUCUGUUUCCAGUGAGGCGUUGAAACGUGCAAGGAGUCUUCUUGGUGACCCAGACAUAGAAACUUUCUUAAACCAGGGAGAUGCAGUUGAGCCGGGCCUCUCAGUUUUUGAAGAUAGUAGCUUUAAGGACGCUUCAUCAAACAAGGAAAAUUAUUUUUACUCUGCAUUUACCCAUCCAAUAUCCUCAAAGAGUAAACAUAUCUCAAAAACUUUCAUUUCGCCUCUUAAAUCUUCUGCAAACCAUGUCCAGUCAUCCAUUAAUUCGAAAAAUAUUAUUUCGGGGAGUAACUUAAUAAAGAAAUUUGAUGCUGUUCACAAUGACAGCAUCUGUGAGUUUGAUAACAAUGCAAUUUAUAUACAGAAGCCCUUAAGGAAUGGGCUGUGUGCAUCUAAUACAACAGUUGCUAAUUCUCUGGAUAAUGGUACUGGUUCAAGGAUGAAUCCACUUCAAAGGUCAUUGCACGUGCCAUUGGCUGAUAUUUCAAAUACAAAUGGCACAGCUUAUGCAAAUAAUAGACAAGCUAAUGGAGAAAAGCGAAAACUUGGAAGGGGAGGUUCUAUUUCUUCAUUUAAGAAGCCCCGAAGUUCGAAAUUCACCACCCCCUUGAACAGGAAUCUCUCACUUGUUCCCAGUGGUUUAUCUACUGUGUCAUAUGAAAGUUCCAGCUGUAGAAGAAAAGUUUCCACUAGAUAUCCUUUCCAGGUUCCCAGAAUGUAUAUCAAGGAAUAUUUUGGAGGGCAUUUAUCAGAUAAACGCCAGUUGGAGCCCUUUACAGAUCAAGUAAGACAGAUCAAAUCAAAUAAUGCAGAUAAGUACAUGUUUUGCGAUGAAUCUGGCCCAGAUAGCAUUGGAGCAGAAGCAUUUUAUCACAUGUUGGUUCAGUCUGGAGCUUUGUCACAAUAUGCGUCUAAACAGUGGGUUACAAAUCAUUACAAGUGGAUAGUUUGGAAACUUGGAUGUUAUGAGAGAUGCUGCCCAGUAAAAUCUGCUGCAAAAUUUUUGACAGUCUCCAAUGUGCUUGAGGAAUUGAAGUAUAGAUAUGAGAGAGAAGUAAAUCAUGGCCAUAGAUCCGCAAUUAAGAGAAUUCUGGAAGGGGAUGCACCACCUUCUUCAAUGAUGGUUCUAUGCAUUUCCUCAAUCUACUUCAGUUGGGAACCAAAGGAUGAGGUUCCUUCAGUGACAUUGAAUGGGGCUGAAAAUAGUAUUGCUGCAAAACUGGAGCUGACCGAUGGGUGGUAUUCAGUGGAUGCACUUCUGGAUAUAUCACUGUCAAAGCAUCUGGCAGCUGGGAAACUGUUUGUGGGGCAGAAACUUCGAAUAUGCGGAGCAGUAUUAUCUGGUUGGGUUGGCCCUGUUUCACCCCUCGAGGUUCUUGCAGGCUUUAGAUUUCUUAAUGGAGGAAUUGGUGCUCCUUUGGCUUUUAGGUGUAUCAAGAGUAAUGGCGGUCCUGUUCCUCGUACGUUAGUUGGAGUCAGACGGAUAUACCCUGUUCUAUACAAGGAGAGAAUAACUGAUGGUGGAUCUAUUGUGAGAUCAGAGAGAAUGGAGGCUAAACUGGUGCAAUUGUAUAACCAAAGGCGCUCAGUUGUUAUAGAGAGCAUUGUUUCUGAGUUUCAAAGAUGGAGGAAAGGUUCCAACAUAUAUAAUGAUAGUGAUAGUGAAGAGGGAGCAAAAAUAUUGAAAAUUCUUGAGACAUCAGCUGAACCAGAAGUUCUAAUGGCAGAGAUGAGUCCACAGCAACUAGCAUCAUUUGCCUCUUAUCAAUCAAAAGUAGAGGUGACAAGGCAACUGGACAUGGAGAAAGCAAUUGGGAAAGCUUUACAAGAUGCUGGCUUAGGGGAGAGAGAUGUGACCCCAUUUUUUAGGGUCAGGGUUGUUGGGUUAACUAAUUAUCAAGGAAAGGGCUCCCCUAAAGAAGGCUUAAUAACAAUUUGGAACCCUACAGAGAAGCAGCAAAGUGAUCUUGUUGAGGGACAGGCUUAUGCUAUAGCAGAACUAUUCCCCGUGAAUUCUGAUUUAAAUACACUUUACUUACAAGCAAGAGGAUCUACAACCAAAUGGCAACCUUUGUCUCUCCAGGCAACGCAACAGUUUCAUGAAUUUGACAUUGCUGCACUUGUGUUGCACAUCGGGGAGGUUUAUACAGCUGCUCAGCAAAAGAAACAGUGGGUAUUUGUGACUGAUAGCUCCAUUUCUACAUUGGAUUCAGAGGAUAUGUCAAAGUCCUUACUUGCCAUCAGCUUUUGCUCACCAUACAUAGAUAACGAUUCUUUUCUACCAAUCAACUACAAUCUUGCUGGAUCCACAGUUGGCUUCUAUAAUCUUAUGAAGAGAGCAAAGGACCAAACAAAUCAUCUCUGGAUAGCUGAAGCAACAGAAAAUUCGACCUAUUCUUUGAGUUUUGAUUCCUCAAAUUUUUCGCACCUUAAAAAUGCUGCUGCCUCUACUCAAAACUGGGCCAAGAUCUCUACCUCGCUGGUGAGCUCCUCCAGUCGAAGCGUUGAAUCCUUGAAAGACCUUCAGCAUUAUUUUUUGGUACAACAUCGGUUUGCGGUUGAUUUGUCAGCCUUUCCACAUGUAUCCCAGGUUUAUGAAUUUGUUACAUUCUCGAUGCUGAUUUUUGCUACACCACCAAGGUUUGAGCAGCUGAAGUUCUCCAGGAGAAAUCUGUAA